AUGGGUAUUCCAUUGGAUCAACAAUUCAAAAUUGAGAAAAAAGGUAUCAUGGAAGAGCGUCUUCCUGUUUUGCAUCCAUCUGGUAUGGAACAUCAUUAUUUUGUAACAUACAUUUCACUGCCACCAGAUGUUGAAGAUGGUGCAGCUGUUGAACAAUGGACCGAACGAAUGACAUUUAUUCAAGAGGAUCUGUCAUGGCUAUUGCAACAGGAUCAUACGAAAUUUUGGUGUGAAGUUGCUUUCAACAAAGAUUUUCAUUCAAUGCUUGAUUCUUAUCUGCGAUAUGCACCGCGACCACAACGGUGCAUUGGUAUAGACCAUUAUUCUUCUAUUAAAAAUGGCAAAGAAUUAGAAGAUUCUGUUUCUCGAUUAAUGUUCAUGUGUAUACUUCGACUUUCUACACAUAAAGAAUCUGCCGAAAAUUUCUUUACACCAGAGGGAUUUGGUCAUGUUAUUUAUGAUAACUACAUCUUUGAUAUUCCUCGUUUAUUUGAUAUAUGUUCAUUAUAUGCAAUUAAUAAUAAAGAACUUUUAAGUAAAAUGAUUGGAAAUAUUUUUAAACAACAAGAAGGUUACACUCGAGAUCUUAGUGAUGCUAUUAAAUCGAUUAAAGAUGUUAUUACGAAACGAAUGAAAGUAUUUCUUACUCAAACUGGUCCAAAAAAACUACACACAACAGCAACAAGCAGCUCACAGGAACUUAUUGAUUUACUUUAUUAUAUUCUCGAUUUAAGUUGCACAAUAAAUCGAUUUUUAUCUGUUAAUCCACAAAGCAAAAUAACAUUUUUUCAUGAAGAUUUUCAUUUAACAUUAAUUCAUUCAUUUGAAACAUUUUUACGUGCUUAUGAACGAGUUCAACAAUCAAAUGAAAUAUCCGAUAAUAUUGACAUAUUCGAAGAAGCAAAAUAUGAAACUAUAGUAUUAUUUAAUGAUCUUCUUGCAUCCUGUUGUGUUGAUCCAUUACUUAUUAAUGAAAAUAAAUCAGAAAAUGUUGAAUCAAUCAAUAAUAUAUUUUCAUUAUUGAUUACUGAAAAACGAUUUCUAGCUGCAUAUGAAGAUUACUUCAGCCUUGAUCAAAUCAUUGAUAUCGUUCAUCAAACAACGGAUCUUUUAGAUGAUCAGCAAAUAAAAUUUUAUACAGAUGGUGUCAAACAAGCGAUUGAACUCUAUGGAACACCAUCAUGUCAACGAAAAUUAAUCUCAGAACAACCAUCGUCAUCCCAACCAUCUGCAUCUAGCAAUACUUUAGUGAAAAAAUCGACAAAUCCUGAUAUUCAAAAAAUUCAAGAUAUGUUUCCUCAUUUAGAUGAAAAAUAUAUUCAAGUAAGUCUACUAAAUUCUUAG